AUGCCGGUAGAGAAGAUCAUCGGAGCUAGAGCCUUGCUCCCGUCGCCGUCGCUCGUCCGCGAGAGAGAACAGAGAAGGAAGAGAGGGGAGAUCGGGAAGGAGAGGGUCGUUCGGUGCGUGCACGGAGGCAGCCAUACGUCGUCCAGCCAUCGCAAGCCAGCGGGCAGCCACACGCCGGCCAGGAAGCAGCCUGCCGGCGGCCAGACAAGGACUGCCGGCAGCCAGACGGAGCCAGCCGUAGGCAAGGAAGCGCCUGGCGGCGGCCAGGCAGCGCCUGCCUCCGACCAGGCAGCGCCUGCACGCAGGCAACCCACGCCGGCAAGCAGCCCCGCGACGCCGAUAGAGAGAGAUCAGAGAGCAGAGGGCUUACCAAACGAAAACCUUCCACCGCCGAUCGUCGGAGAUCACGCCGUCGCUGGUCGAAGAUGCGGCCGAAAUCCUGGAAAUCGCAGCUGGGAAGGGGAACGGGGGAGAGAGGGAAAGAAAUGA